UGGGAAACUUUUAAAAGAGACAAUGACUGUCGGUAAUACAGUUCAAACAUCUGAUUCCAAAUUUGUAAACAAAACGUUUUGUUGAAAACGCCGCAAAACAUAAAAAAACAUGGCUCGUAAUGCUGAAAAGGCUAUGACCACCUUGGCCCGUUGGCGAGCGGCUAAAGAAAUUGAAUCAGGUGAAAAAGAUAGACGUCCCUACUUGGCUUCAGAGUGUAAUGAUCUGCCAAAAUGUGAAAAAUAUCGUCUAGAAAUCAUACGAGAAAUUUCCAACAAAGUGGCCCAAAUACAAAAUGCUGGUCUUGGUGAAUUUCGCAUACGUGAUUUGAACGAUGAAAUUAAUAAAUUACUUAGAGAAAAACGUCAUUGGGAAAAUCAAAUAUCAGCUUUGGGUGGACCUCAUUAUCGUCGUUAUGGUCCCAAAAUGUUUGAUGCCGAAGGUCGUGAAGUUCCCGGCAAUCGAGGUUACAAGUACUUUGGGGCUGCAAAAGAUUUACCAGGUGUUCGAGAACUGUUCGAACAAGAACCACCACCGCCACCACGCAAAACUCGAGCUGAACUCAUGAAAGAUAUAGACGCCGAAUAUUAUGGCUAUAGAGAUGACGAUGAUGGUAUUUUGAUGCCCAUUGAAGAACGUAUUGAACAUUUGGCUAUUCAAAAAGCUGUUCGUGAAUGGAAAGAAAAAAUGGCCCGCGAUGGUCAUGUCGAAUUGGAGGACGAUGAUAAUGAUGAUGACAUUUAUCCCUUGUCUAUACCAGCUCGAGAGGCGGCGGAAGAUGCAAAGGACUCUCGAAGAGAGGAAAAUCCAAUGGAAUUACUUGCACCUAAAUUCACAGCACAUGUGCCUGUACCGACACAGAAAGACAUUGAGGAUGCUCUGCUUCGAAAACGCAAACAGGAAUUACUAGAAAAAUAUGUGGGUGACUCAUAAAAGAAAUUAAAAUAAUAGAAAUAAGUAAUUUCUUUGAACAAGUAAAAUAAAUUUUUGGAACAAACCUA